CAGGGCGUCACUAAGGGAUUAAACCAUUGAAGCUCUCAGAAUUCCAGGCCAGGCCACUAUCGCGCUGGGAGGGGGAGAGAGGCUGUGAGGGUGCAGGGACGCGGAGGGCCCAGCGAGCUGAUUCCCUCGCCGGGGAGCGGUCGCUGGGUCCGCAGCCCCGUCUCUCUCGCCCUCCUCCGGUUCGGCCUCGCGGUGGUCUUGCCCAGACUCGGCCUUAGCGACAGCGGCCGCAUCAAGGGAAGAUGGCGGCUCCGGCCUCUGUGCCGGUCCAGGUGUCGUGAGAGCGGCACUCGCUCCCCGCCCCGCCCGGCGCAGGGACCAUGUCGGACUCGGAGGAGGAGAGUCCGGACCGGCAGCUCAAGCUAGUGGUGUUAGGGGACGGCACCUCCGGCAAGACAUCUUUAGCCACACGUUUUGCCCAAGAAGCUUUUGGGAAACAGUACAAACAGACUGUAGGACUGGACUUCUUUUUGAAAAGAAUAACAUUACCAGGAAACUUGAAUGUUACUCUUCAAGUGUGGGAUAUCGGGGGGCAAACAAUAGGAGGCAAGAUGUUGGAUAAAUACAUCUAUGGAGCCCAGGGUGUCCUUUUGGUAUACGACAUCACCAAUUACCAGAGCUUUGAAAAUUUAGAAGACUGGUAUAAUAUGGUAAAGAAAGCAAAUGAAGAAUCAGAAAUUCAGCCACUUGUGGCCUUAGUAGGCAAUAAAAUUGAUUUGGAGCACAUGCGAACAGUGAAAACUGACAAACACCAACGAUUUUGCCAGGAAAAUGGUUUCAGUAGCCAUUUUGUGUCAGCCAAGACAGGUGAUUCUGUCUUCCUGUGUUUUCAGAGAAUUACUGCUGACAUCCUUGGCAUCAAAUUAAACAAAGCAGAAAUGGAACAAUCACAGAUCCACUCUCUGUUGUAACUGCAUAUAUCGAGCCCAACAUUGAACUCGGAUAACCACCAAAAGUGAAGAAGCUGUGUGUCUGAGGAACACAAAGCAAAACAGAAUCAUGAGGUCUGAAAAGUUGUCUGAUUACUUAACACUAAGUGUACACUUUACAAAAAUAACAUUGCUGACUUCCAUGAUUUUAUGCACAAGAAUAUCAGCUUUCAUUAAAAAAAAGUUUCUUACCCUUAUGAUUAUGGAUAAAAACCUCAAAAUGUGACUCCAGUGCAUCCAGAAGGUAAAUAAAAGCAACUCCAAAUGCUUUUUUUUUAAAAUCAUAGUUUCUAAGCCAAUGUCAUGAUUUUGCAGGACUUGACACAAGUUUUGAAGGCUUAGGUUAGCCAUAUAAAACACUUGUGCCAUGAUGGAGGGAGCUCUUGGUCCUAUUAAAGUCAACAGCAAAACUUUUGUUGACUUUACUGGGUACAAGUGCAGUCUUUUAGAACCUGGUGCCUCCUAACCAAACCCAUAGCCAGUCAAUGACCAGAUAAAACAAAAGUAGAUAGCUAUUUACAUAAGACUGGAGCUUGGAGCAUGUUUUCAAGGUGAAAGAGUUCCAAAACAAAGAAUUUACACAUUACAUCUUAUUUUCAGCCCUCAAAUUCCUCACUCUUUUAAAACACAAGGGGCUGUUGAAACUUAAGGAAAUGGCUCCUUUACUAAUUAAAUGUUUUUCUUUCAAUAUUUUUUUACUUCCAGUCAUAGUAUAGAAACUGCAUGAGGUACAACUUUGUUUCUGGGCAUUGGCAAGAAUUAACAUUUUUCUAAGUAAUAUAUGUUUUUCUCUUGAACUAAAUGCCAAUUUAGCAUGGUAGUGCUAGUGUGCCAGCCCGCUACAAUAAAGUAUUUGGCAUUAAGUAAGGUCUGGAAUUCUGAGCACCUGCACCAAAUAAACAAACAUGUGGAUCUGAUUGUUGAUAGAAACUGGAGCCUUGGAUAAUACUUCCAAUCUAAUAUAGAGAUGUCUCAGAAUGCAUAAUGUGUGUGUAAUGGGUGUGAAGCUAGCAGGAAAAAUGUUGCAUGCUGUUUCUUCUCUUCUUAUUUAGCUGAAAUUCCUUUAGAAAAUCCAAGUCAUUUAUGUUAGUCAGUCUCCUGCCACAAAGUGACUUAAACAUGGGUCACUAACCUAGCUAUGUUUACACGAUGGGAUUUAAACCAACAUUUGUGGGAACAAUUAAUUGCUUACUGAUUGCAAGGAUCCUUUUUCUUCAGUCUAGCAUAGAGCUUGGUAUGAAGAAAUUAGGUCCUGUGAGGUCAGAUAACACUGUUUAAUCCUGAACCCCUACUAGCGCCUUACAUGGGAUUUGGCAACCCUUCCCUUGAUAACAUCAGGCCAGAAGUCUAGUAAAUCAUGACUCUUGUCCACCAGAUAAGAUAUGAAGUUGAUCAAUUAAAACUUAAGCAGAGUACUUCAGCAGCUAAUAAAUCUAAACAGUCUACUGUCUAGUUCAAUUACUAUUGCUUGUUUUACAUAUAUGCUUUAUUUACAAAGGUUAUCUUCAGCAAACGAUGUUUAUAUAUUCGUGUCCAUAUUAAAUGAUGUUUCCUUUAGAAAUAUAAAAUUGUUUCCCCCCCAUUUGUGCCUCACUUGUAACAAACAUAUAUAUUUCAAUUAUAAGAACUGAAAUAAUCGGACAGUAGAUGCAGUCCAUAGAAUUGCUGUUCUAGGUUCCCCCUGCUAUUUUGUAUGACUGUUUGAUUUGUGUAUUUAUAUUUUUCUCCCGUAAGCAUAAAUAUUUUUUAUUCUGAAGACUCUUUAAUUACUUUUUUUGUAAAGUAUAAGAGAGGUUUGGGCACAGGAUUGAUUGCUUUUGCUAAAAGCAAAUAUUUGGCAAAGAACGUUGAAGGAAUUUUUUUAUUAAUCCUGGGUGAAAUCUUCAUUUGGAGUCAUUGGAAUUCAACCAUAAAAUGCAGAUAUGCACAUCCCUUCUACUUUUGCAAGUUGUAUGUCCCAGUCACUUCACCGAAAGAUUGCUUCAGCAAAACUUGCAAGUGAUUAAGAAGAGUUGGAAAGUAAAACAUGUACUAACAAAGCAUUUGGAUGUGAGGUUUUAUGUUUAUCACAUUGGAAUUGUACGACAAUUAUGUAGUGGGAAUGAUACAUGCAUAUCUUUAAUACAGUUGUUAUAAUUGUGAAUAGAAGUGGAUCUAUGUAGCAUUUACAUUGAUUAGAGGCAAAGAAAGAGUCUGUCCUCUUCUCCCCUCCCCACGUUUUUUUUCAAUCCCUUUUCAUGUCUGAGCUGCAAAACAUUUUUAUUGGUUGCUUAAACUGAUUAUUUUGUGUUGGUUGUGGGAGAGGGCAUGAUUGAUGAUGAAUCUGAGAAGCUAUUCCAACUCCAGCUAUAAAACUUCCUGCUAGGCAUAUCUCUGUCUGUUAUUCAGCACAGGGCCUGGAGAGAAAUGCAUUUUUGUUUUGGUUAAUUGUUUUUGCUUUUGUGCUGUCAUUUGUGUCAUUCAUUCCUUCUUUUCAGCUAUUGAUCUGUCUCUCCAUUUUCUUCUUUUUGUUUUUCAUUCUCCUCCUUGCUAUUUGUCCAUUAUAUUGACAUGUGGU